CAGCUGUGACGUGACGUUUGUUUGUAAUUGGCGAAGUACCGUUCGCUCACCCACUUGUGUCGUGGAUGAGAAAAAGUUUUCUGCAUGCAAUUAGUUCUGCCUGACUAAAACGUAACUCAGUAAAAUAAAAAAAAAGCCAAAAUGUCCGUCAGCGCUCCUCUUAUUGUAAGGUUAUUAGCUUCUUCGGUGUCAGUUGCUGGCAGAGCUGGGAAAAUAGUGAGAGAUGUGAUGAGCAAAGGAGAGUUGGGCAUUGUUGAAAAGGGAAAGGAUGACUAUCAGACGGAAGCAGAUAGGUCUGCAGAGAAGUGUAUUGUUGCAUCCCUCUCCAAACAGUAUCCAAAAGCAAGCAUUAUUGGAGAGGAAGAUAGCUCAGUGGAAGAGGGUGAGGUGUCACCAGACUGGAUAGUGGUUGAUGCAGACAAAGAGGUGUUGGGUCUGGAGUGCCCUGCUAGCCUCAAAGGGGUCAAGGAGGAGGACAUAGUUGUGUGGGUUGAUCCCCUUGAUGGAACUUCCGAGUACACUCAAGGUGCCCUAAUGUUGAAGAGGGAUCCUUGGGAAAGAUGGAAAAUGUAUUUGAGCCACCCUUUUAUCAGUAUGAAGUGGUACUUAAGUCUACUUCAUUCAAAUUUUGGAUUCUUGGAACAUGUGACAGUUCUUAUUGGAAUCUCUGUGAAUGAGAAACCAGUAGCUGGAGUGAUUCACCAGCCAUUUUUCAAAAAUCAAACCGGAGGGGAGGUUAAAAUGGGUAGAACUAUCUGGGGGCUGUCCGAGAUAGGUGUUGGAGGGUUCACGCCGGCGCCGCCUCCAGGGUCCUUGAUCAUCACCACAACUAGAAGCCAUUCUAAUCCUGUGGUUGAAAAGGCAUUACAGGUCAUGAAUGCUGCUCAGGUUCUAAGGGUUGGAGGUGCAGGAUACAAGGUGUUACAACUGUUGGAAGGCCAAGCGUCAGUAUACGUAUUCGCCAGCCCAGGAUGCAAGAAGUGGGACACAUGCGCCCCCGAAGCAGUAUUGUCAGCGGCCGGGGGCAAGCUCACAGAUAUCUUAGGGAACUUCUACAAGUACGGCGCCUCGGCAUCUAAGCCGAACAAGACCGGGGUCUUAGCUGCCGUCAACGAUGAAUUGCACAGCUACGCCCUGAACAGGAUACCACAGGAACUGAAAGAUACUCUUGCCAACAAAUAGCUACGAUUUAUGUCACACGUUUAACCUCGUAAGGCCAAACCUCUACACACGAUACUCUAAAUUUGAUUGCCCUUAAGGCCUAUGCACACCGAGUGCGUGGGCGUUUGUAAUAUACAGAUCCUUAUGAGAAACGGUAUACACCUUGCGCGGCUCAAUCAUUUCAGCGCACACUCACGUGCACAUCUACGCACACGCAGCCGGUGUGCUCUGGCCUUUUUAUUCAAUUAUUACUGCACGUUGAAAACUAGCUCCUCCUUCGCAAAACUCCUUGACAAAAAUUGACUAAUAUUCUUGAUAUAAUUACUAUAAACAGUGGAUUAAGUAAAUAAUUAUUCGUUUGGGAGCUAUGGACUGAAACUUCUCACAAGUAGACGCACAAACAAGCCAAUUGCCAAAUUUAUAAUAUACUUACCUAUCCCCCUUGGCUGGUUGGGGAUAUUAACACUUUGAUUUUGGCCUGGCAAUGAGUGUUAAGGCUUGACCUUACGAGGUUAAAAAAGUUAAAAAACGGAGAGGGGGUAAUAAAUA